GGGCCUGCGCUGGGCGGGGGCAGUGGCUGCAAAUGCCGUUGGUGCCGUCCACAGUGUUGUGAGUCCUCCUGGGUGGGCCCCGGUGGCUGUGCCCGUUUUGGGAGGGGGCUUCCUGAGUCUGAUCUGCCGCUGUCAUGCACGACGCCUUCGAGCCGGUGCAGAUCCUGGAGAAGCUGCCGCUGCAGAUCGACUGUCUGGCAGCGUGGGAGGAAUGGCUUUUAGUUGGGACAAAACAAGGACACCUUCUCCUUUACACAAUUCGAAAAGAAAUGGGAGAGGUUACGACAUCAGAAAGUGGCUGUUGCAACAGGUUUGAAGUGAAGCUAGAGAAAUCGCACAAGAACUUCUCGAAGAAGAUUCAGCAGAUUCAUGUUGUGCCCCAGUUCAAAAUUUUGGUCAGUUUGUUAGAAAACAGCAUUUAUGUUCAUGAUCUGUUGACAUUUCAACAGAUCACGAUGGUUUCCAAGGCUAAGGGAGCAACUCUCUUCACCUGUGAUCUGCAGCACUCUGAUACGGGAGAAGAAGUCCUAAGGAUGUGUGUAGCAGUGAAAAAGAAACUACAGCUCUAUUACUGGAAAGACAGAGAGUUCCAUGAACUGCAGGGUGACUUAAGUGUGCCAGAUGUACCCAAGUCAAUGGCAUGGUGUAAAAAUUCCAUCUGUGUGGGUUUCAAGAGGGACUACUAUAUAAUAAGGGUGGAUGGAAAGGGUUCCAUCAAAGAACUCUUCCCCACAGGAAAGCAGCUUGAGCCACUGGUAGCCCCUUUGGCAGGUGGCAAAGUUGCUGUCGGCCAAGAUGAUUUAACUGUUGUACUGAAUGAAGAAGGGAUGUGUACACAGAAAUGUGCCUUGAAUUGGACUGAUAUCCCAAUAGCCAUGGAGCAUCAACCUCCAUAUAUUGUGGCGGUACUUCCAAGGUAUGUCGAGAUCCGUACUUAUGAGCCCCGUCUCCUAGUACAGAGUAUUGAGCUGCAGAGGCCACGGUUCAUUACCUCAGGAGGUACAAAUAUUGUGUAUGUGGCCAGCAAUCAUUUUGUUUGGCGACUUAUUCCAGUUUCCAUUGCAACUCAGAUUCAGCAGCUUCUCCAAGAUAAGCAAUUUGAAUUGGCUCUGCAGUUGGCUGAUAUGAAGGAUGACUCUGAUAAUGAGAAGCAACAACAGAUCCAUCAUAUUAAGAAUCUUUAUGCCUUCAAUCUCUUUUGCCAAAAACGCUUUGAUGAAUCUAUGCAGGUUUUUGCUAAGCUUGGGACAGAUCCUACACAUGUGAUGGGUCUUUAUCCUGAACUGUUGCCAAGUGAUUAUAAGAAACAGCUCCAAUAUCCCAAUCCUGUGCCCGUUCUCUCUCCGGCAGAACUGGAGAAAGCACAUUUGGCACUUAUAGAUUACUUAACUCAGAAAAGAAGUCAGUUGGUGAAGAAACUGAAUGACUCGGACCAUCAGUCCAGCACUUCACCCCUCAUGGAUGGCAUCCCCACCAUCAAAUCGAAGAAGAAGCUGCUGCAGAUCAUUGACACAACCCUGUUGAAAUGUUAUCUCCAUACCAAUGUAGCCCUGGUGGCACCACUGUUGCGCCUGGAAAACAAUCACUGCCAUAUUGAGGAAAGUGAGCUUGUACUCAAGAAAGCCCACAAAUACAGUGAGCUGAUCAUACUGUAUGAGAAGAAAGGUCUGCAUGACAAAGCUUUGCAGGUUCUAGUGGAUCAGUCAAAGAAAGCUAACUCACCUUUGAAGGGCCAUGAGAGGACAGUGCAAUACUUGCAACAUUUGGGAGCAGAGAAUUUGAACUUAAUAUUUGCCUAUUCUGUUUGGGUGCUUAGAGACUUCCCUGAAGAUGGACUGAAAAUAUUUACAGAAGAUCUUCCUGAGGUGGAAGCCCUCCCACGUGAAAAGGUUCUUAACUUCCUGCGAGAGAACUUUAAAAGCCUGGCUAUUCCUUAUUUGGAACAUAUAAUUGAUACCUGGGAAGAGGCUGGUUCAGAAUUCCACAACUGCCUAAUUCAGCUUUACUGUGAGAAAGUGCAAGACUUAAUGAAAGAGUAUCUCACAUCUUUUCCUCCAGAUAAAACACCAGUGCCACCUGGAGAGGAGGAAGGAGAACUAGGAAAGUAUCGGCACAAGCUUCUUCAUUUUCUUGAGACUUCGAGUUGUUAUGAUGCUGAGCAGCUCAUCAGUGACUUUCCCUUUGAUGGCCUUCUAGAAGAACGUGCACUGUUGCUGGGAAGGAUGGGAAAUCAUGAACAGGCACUCUUCAUAUAUGUGCACAUCCUAAAGGACACCAACAUGGCUGAAAAUUACUGUCACAAACACUAUGAUAGAGCCAAAGAUGGCAACAAAGAUGUGUACUUGUCUCUGCUCCGUAUGUACCUUUCACCGCCUAGUGUGCACUGCUUAGGACCAAUCAAAAUGGAACUUUUGGAGCCUCAAGCUAAUCUUCAGGCUGCAUUGCAGGUUUUGGAGCUUCAUCACAGCAAGUUGGACACUACCAAAGCAAUAAACCUCCUUCCAGCUAACACUCAAAUUAGUGAGAUUCGAAUCUUCCUGGAAAAGGUCCUUGAAGAAAAUGCACAGAAGAAGCGAUUCAGUCAAGUUCUUAAGAACCUUCUCCAUGCUGAAUUCUUGAGAAUACAGGAGGAACGGAUUGUACAUCAGCAAGUAAAAUGUAUAAUCACAGAGGAAAAGGUUUGCAGUGUAUGUAAAAAAAAGAUUGGAAAUAGUGCCUUUGCCCACUAUCCAAAUGGAGUAGUUGUGCAUUAUUUCUGUUCCAAAGAAGUGGGUACAGCAGAUACCUGAAAGGAUUGACCUGCAUAACAUGAACUAUGACGCUUGUGUGGAAGGAGAAAGAGGACAUGUUUUAAAAAGCAAAGGCUUCUCUAAUCUUCUGAGCUCUGUUGCUUUCAAACAACUGGAGCCCAGAGUGUCUUCAUCCGAUGACUCUACUUGUACUUUGCCACUAUUGGCUUAGUCCAAAAAUAGACCUCUGUCUAUUCUUCAGUAUACUUACCAGUAGAUUAACCUCAGCACUUCUGUGUGAGGAAGGAUGAAAAUAGCAAUGAGUAGCCACUGCACUCCAGAUCUUGCAGCAGUGAACUUUAGAAAGUCUCAAACAUCGACCAAGGAUGAAAGAAUAAAAUUGAUGAUGGUGGAUGAGAGAUGUUUUGUGCUGGAUUUCAUAUUCCAAUCAUAGAAAAAAAAUCUUUAAUCAGCACUGUAUUGAGACUUACUUCUAUCACCCAUUUGGAGGUUAAUGCUUCCAGAAUGUCUGUACCUGGAUUUCCUGGUGUUAGGAAAAUAGGUAUCGCCGGCCAGAGAAUUCUUACUCUUUGUACCUAGAGUGGCUAUCAUUAGUUCCAAGGGGCUCUAGUCUCAUACAUUAUGCUUGAAAUUGGCAAACAUCUAUUUCCCAUUUUCAGAGAGGUAUGUAAAUAUAAACUAUUUGCACUGUGUAUAGUUGUUCCUGUUACUAGUGGAAUGAAAAGCAGCAAUUAUUAUAUGAUGAAACAGGGAACAGGCAUUUGCACUUGUAUCAAAAAUUAAAAACAAUCCCUUAACAUUAUCACCUGGAAAAAUAGGUGUGUGUGUGUCUUAUUGCUUCAGCAUUGGUCAAGACUUUGGAGUUGCCAUUGCUUGUAAAUGAAGUGCUUUUUAUUCAGCCUCUAGCAUAUUUCACUCCAUUCAAACUGGUGCUGUCUGUGGCUUUAUGUACCCAGAUCACUUCAACAUUGGAAAACCCUGGUUUGCACAUGCCCUUAUAGUCUGUAAUAUCUAUGGGUUGACAUUUUUUCUGCAAAAUAUAAUAUGUGAAGAUAAAACAAUGAGUAUAUUAAUGUUCACAUGAAUGCAGAAGCAGUCAGACCAACAAGUCAUGGUAAGAGCAAUCAGUUCAGAAUAGCUGUAUGGGGAAAUUUACUCACCAUUGCAGUCCAACUGUGGGGUUUUAUUUGUACUUAUAAUCAUUCAGCGAAUUUGGCAAAGAAUCCAUUUCCAGGUCUUGCCAAAAAUUAAUAUUUGUUUCCUGAGAAGUAGGUCGAGGAAAUUAAAAUACAGUAAAAUCUUCUUGUAUGCUGACUGAAUUUCUCUGAGAUAGCCAACUGACUUGAGGAAGCACAAGAAUAAGUGUAAUGCUUACUGAAACUUAUGUAAAACAGCCUAGCUUUCUCUAGCAGAUGCUUCUCUGAUUUUCUCCAUGACAUUUCUUUUAAAGUAUAUCUUCAUGGUCACAUCUAUUGCAUCUCAGGCAGUAAAUCUUCAGGUUUGGGAUUUGUUCUUGUGUUGUGAAGUUUUUUUUUUUAAUUUUAUUUUUUUCUGUUUGAAAAAGAGAGCAUACAACUCCUGGAUUUUUUGUGUAUUAAGAUAUCUUUGUUGACUACUACAGAUUGGGGCAUGAAGACUGAACCUCUUAGACAUAUGUAACUAACAAGAAACUGUUUAAAAUCAAUAAUCUGUGCAGCCCAUUCUGACCCUAACUAUGCACAGUUGAGUAUGUCUGCUGCCAAUAAAACUCCAUGCUGCAUUGAAGCUUUUUAGAUGUAGUUUUCUUAUCCACAGUGAAGCUUCUAUGUGUCUCAGUUCACUUUAGUUGCUUAAAUUUUGCAGAGAUGUGGCUUGUGCUGUAAUUGCCUGCAGAUAGUCUUGCACAAUAUCUGGGACAUUAACUGUACAACAGGUUUAUUUAAAGCAAUAAAUUAUUACAAAGAUUUGAGAAAA